GGUUCUUUGCAUGUAGCGACCUACGUAAAGGAAAAUGUACCGUCAGUACCUGUAUCAGCUGUCACGUUUAUCAGGUGCUAACAACACAGGUGUUGAAAUAAGUGACAGAAAGCAACAUGAAACAACUUCCACGGAAAAACAUCCACUGGAUGACAAAUCAGCUGCCCCCUCUGUCCCUCCUUCGCCACCUCCGCCACCGCCACCUCCGCCACCCCUCCCAGGAAUGAGGGCACCUGCUUCAGUUCCUGGUGGUCAGCCCAUGACAAGUCACCAACACAUGUUUGACCAGUUGGAUGAGAUGACCAGAAUGAUAAAUGACACAGAAUCGAUGCUGCUGGAAGCUUCAAAGAAAGCUAUGUCAAAGCUUCCUAAGGUGCACCCCUCGCUCCUGGGGGACAUGACCAUGUCUAUACCGACACUGGCAAAGAUUGUCAGGAUCUUCACCAGUAGUACAUUCACAGACACCAAAUUUGAGAGGAAUAUCUGGAUGAGUGAGGCCUACCCUCGUGUGAAGGCAUUCUGUCAAGAGCAGGGAUACGAGUUUCAGGUGGUGGACAUGAGAUGGGGAGUCCGUGACGAGGCAUCAGAUGACCACAGUACCACUGACCUCUGUCUUAAGGAACUGGAAAUGUGCCAGAAACUCUCCACAGGACCUAAUUUUGUGACCCUGCUGUCUCACAAAUAUGGAUACCGCUCUCUUCCAAAUGUUAUUGAAGCAGAGGAGUUUAACCAAAUAUUUGCUGCUGUGAAAUCUGAUAUAGCCAAAAACUUAUUGAAAAAGUGGUACCUGAGAGACGGCAAUGCUGUGCCCACAGUGUACUUACUCUCCUCUAUCAGCAAGCAUCUCCCUGACUCUGUCAGUCGAGACAAAGACGUGAGUAAGAAGGCCAAACAGAUCUGGUGGGAUGAGAGCAAUGCCAUGCAGGAUGCCCUAAAAUCUGCCGCAGAGCUUGUCCUCGGGGAGGAGGAGGCCAAAAAAUAUGUCAUCUCGGUUACUGAGAAGGAGAUACAGAUGGGGCUGCUAUCUGUGGAUACGGCUGGCGUGGAGGGAGGCUGUGCAUGGUUUAGGAGGAACAUCAAAGACAUAGAUUCGGUGGAACCUAGUUAUCAGUUGUCAAGAUAUAUGGAAUGUUUGGGAAAUGAGGAGACAGUGAAGCUGGCACAGGGCCUACUGACAGACCUGAAGGACAGGAAGAUGCAGCACCACUUACCAAGUGACAACCUCCUCGCCUAUUCAGUACCCUGGACAGACAAAGGUAUAAAUCCUGAGCUGUUGGAACACCAAAAGUACCUGAAACAAAUGUCUGAGGACUUUGUUCAGAAAAUGAUGGACAUGAUUACAAAGGGGAUAAAGGAGCGAUCAGUAACAGACAGUAGUGAUCCCGUGGAGGCUGAGUGUCUACAGCACGUACGCUUCUGUCAGCAGAAAUGUAAAAAUUUCCACGGAAGGGAAGUCACUCUUGAGGAGAUCAAAGCGUAUCUGACCAAUGAUAGCAAGAGCCCAUUGGUAGUACAUGGCCAGUCAGGAUGUGGCAAGACAUCUAUCCUCGCCAAGGUGGCAGCCCUUGUGCCAAGCUCCUACGAACAAACCCCAUGCAAACCUGCGGUGAUUACCAGAUUUAUUGGGACAACUCCUGAUAGUUCCAACAUUAUCAGCCUGUUAACAAGCAUUAUCCGACAAAUCUAUGCCCUCCUCAACACCCAGACAGACAUCCCUGAGGACAUCAAACUGUUGGUCAAGGCUUUUAAAUCUGCAUUACACCUGGUUAAACCUACCCGACCGUUGGUGAUUAUUCUGGACUCCCUUGACCAGCUCGAUCCGGCCAACAACAGCCGCAGUCUGAAUUGGCUUCCGGCUAGCCUGCCUGACACUGUGAAAGUCAUUGUAUCUACUUUGGAGGAUGAUGUGUAUGAAUGUUUUCCUUCCCUUAAGCGAAAACUCAAGAAAAUGCCAAAACACUUGGUGCCAGUCCCUGUUCUUGACAAAGAAGAUGUUAACAGCAUUAUCGAUAGCUGGCUUCAUGCCAAUAAGCGUACACUGACCACUGGUCAGCGGGAUACGUUGACCGAUGCCUUUGAUACUUGUCCUAUUCCUCUGUUCCUGAAGCUGUCGUUUGACCAGGCUUGUAAAUGGAAUUCAUUCUCCCCACCAGAGGAUGUGAGGCUACAAUCUACCAUCCGAGAUAGCAUUGACCUCCUGUUCUCCCAACUUGAGGUCAAGCAUGGACAAAUCUUGGUCUCUAAUGCUCUUGGAUAUUUGACUACAGCCACCAAUGGUUUGUCAGAGUCGGAGUUAGAAGACAUCCUGUCGUGUGACGAUGUUGUCCUCAAUGAUGUAUACGUCUAUUGGACCCCUCCCGUCAGGAGACUGCCCCCUCUCCUCCUGGUCAGACUGAGGACAGACCUACAGGAGUACGUAGUGGAGAGGGGAGCCGAUGGGAUCCGUGUUAUGUACUGGUACCACCGACAAUUCAUAGAGGCGGCCACGGCACGAUAUUGUGGAGUCAAAGUCAUCCAAAAUCUUCAUCAAGGACUCGCAGAGUUCUUCAGUGGAAAGUGGAGCAAUGGGAACAAGAAGCCGUGUACAGACAGAUCAGGUAAGGAUGGGUUAGAGGACCGCCACUCUGCAGCACAGCCUCUCAGAUAUGGAGACAACUACAACCUUAGGAAACUCAACAACCUACCCUUCCACCUAACCAUGGCCAGAAAUCUUGAGGACCUGAAAAAUCAGUGCUUACUACACUUGGAUUUCCUACAGGCCAAAUUGUUGGCUUCAUCCCUCAGGAGCGUGGUGUCUGACUACCAACUGGCCAAGAAGGAGUUUCCCGAGGACAAUGCUAUCGCAACCCUCCAGGAAUGUCUACAGCUCUCCAAGCAGGCUUUAGUGUACGACCCUCAUCAGUUGGCCUUACAGCUCCUUGACCGGCUCACUGGCUUUCAGGAUGAGGAGCUGGUGGGGCUAUGUGAGCAGUGUAAAAACAUCUCUAUACCGUACUUACUACCUGACCAAGAGAUACUGGUCAAACCUGGUGGUCAGUUGGUCUACUUGCUCUCAGAUCACACUGCUGAAGUUACUGGACUGGACAUCAGCAGGGAUGGCAAGACCAUCGUCACAUGUGCCGACGAUGAAGAACAAAGUGUAAAGUUAUGGAAUUUAGGGGACGGAACCUUGAUUAAGUCUUUUAACAAGCUCGGUAAAACCCCCUUAAGGGUUCGGUACAUGGCGAGUGAUUCACUGAUCCUGGCUGAAUACGAGGGAGAACUGUUGAAAGCAAUCAGUCUCUCAGGAGAGGUGGUCUACAGCCUCAAUAACUGUCCACAGUACUGGGUCGGCGGACACGAGAAAAAUAUACUCACAGUACUGGACCACCAGGCAGCCAUCUUGUAUGAUGCCUUCACUGGGAAGAAAAAGUCCAAGGUGAAGACAAAAAAUGUUGAUUGCGGAAUGACCGAAGGGGAAGAGAAUCUCAUACACGGAUCAGGGAGAUAUAUCGUGGUGACAGAGGCCAGUUUGUACAAGGUGUCCUUGCUUGACCUUGAGAAAGAAAAGUUCUCAGAUUGGAUUACAGUGUUCAAACCACCCCCAGAUGAUGCCGUUGAUGAACCAACCUUGAGUGUGGACAUGGUGUGUGUCUCACCAGAUGAAAGAUGUUUUGUAGUGUCAUGUAUUAUAGACAGUGACUUCAUAUUCUUCAGCACAGACACACUGCAGCAGACAAGAGUUAUCAAAGGAAAUUCAGAUGAUGUUGGACAAUGCUUACAUUUUACUCUGGACAGUAAACAGCUUUUCUUUACUAAUCACCAAAAUGUCAUUGUGUAUGACCUUGAGACGGAGGUGAGACGCGAGAUCCUGCCCCACCUCUCUGCUAUCGUGAAUGUCACGUGUACCACAUGGAAGAUUUUGAUUACUUUGUCAGAGGAGGACAAUGCUGUCCGUGUCUGGGACAUCACCCGGCCAGAAAAACAGACAAUAGCAGGCAAAACUCUUCUGGGAACAUCAGUCAGCUGUUACUGUGCCCUACCCAACCCUCGAUACGUUGCCAUGGUGGUACGCACUAAAAACGAGGAUUAUAAAGUUGGUGCUGUUCUGGUGUAUGACCUUGUGACGAGGAAGAUUGUCCGACGCGGAGCAUUGGUGGAUGGCCUCCCAAAGGCCAUGCAUUGUAUUGGUGAUACAGAGGUGAUCCUAGCCACUGACACCAGAAAGCUCAAGGUCUUUGAUCUGGAUACGAUGACCGUGACACGGGUGUUUGAGGGGAAAUUGUGCCGCUAUGGUCAAAAACUGGAAAUCAUCAAGGAUGGAAAAGAAAUCUUGACACUGAUGCAGGAGAAACAUGGAUUUAAGACCUACAACAUUGAGACAGGGAAAACUGUCAGUCUACUGCACGCACCCUCCGAAGUCAGGGAGAGCAAAUACAACAAGUUCGACCAACACUCACUUAUAGUCAACAAGACAAAUCUGAUGGCUUGUCACAUAGAUGAUGAGGGUCCUAUUGUUAUAUUUGAUUACCUUCAGAAUGUUUGCUUACAUGUCUUGAAGUUAACUUCCCGUAACAAUACACUAUGGGCAGCUUACCUGCCACAGGACAGUUCGUAUCUAGCCAUACAUACGUACAAAAGUUUCCCUGACCCGACCAUCCAGGGAAAGAUGAAUCCAGUCAGCUGUAUAGGUGUACACAACAUCGAGCAAGGAAAGAUCACCCACUGGUGUAUGGACCAGGAUUACUACAGGAUGUACAGAACACAGGGAGUGUUGAAGGACCAGGAUACUGAUGUGGACAAGGCUAUGUUGUUGGAUGAUGAUCGUUUGGUCACCUCCAGUAACGACUUUUUCCUCCGGGUUUGGAACAUCAAGACAGGUGAACUGAUAAAGCGACUUGAGGGACACACAGUUUUGGCAGAGCUCGUCCAGAAUCAUGACAAGAGUCCUUACUUCGUCUCCUUCGGAAAUUGUGGAGAGGAGAACUCGCUGCGUAUUUGGGACAAAGAGACGCUGGCAUGUGUGGCGACAUACAGACUGGAUCACAAGAUCCAAAGUGUGGAAUUCAGUGUGGAUGGACAGAGCCUGGUCAGUAUCAUGCAUGACUGUAGUGUGAUACUCUGGACACUGGUCAUUCCUGGUACCUCCACCCAGUCCACCACCUUGACCAGCCGUCCACUCACCUUCCAAGGUCAAGAAUGUGAUGUCACACUGGAGCUUAAUGACAACGAGGAAGACACUAAAACUGAUGAGUUUGACCUUGAUGACGAUGAAAAUGAUGGCAAGGACGAUGAGGAUGACGAUGAUUAUGAAGAUGAUGAUGAGGACGAC